AUGAACUACUUACAUGAAUCUCACAAUGGCAUGGUCAGAAUGAAGUCAGAGGCUCGGGGUCAUGUGUGGUGGCCAGGUAUGGAUGCUCUAAUUGAACAGACUUGUCACCGUUGCCGUGAAUGUAACUUGUUUGCAAAAGAUUUACCAAGUAAAAAACAUCUAUUCAACUGGCCUAAAGAAAGUGAACCUUGGAGUCGAAUCCAUUUAGAUUUUGCUGGACCAUUUUACGGACAAAUGUUUCUCUUAGUAAUUGACGCUUUCUCGAAAUGGCCAGAAAUAGUACCUAUGUCCUCUAUUACCACAGAAAGGACAGUAGAAGCGCUCAAGAAUUUGUUGUGUAAAUAUGGAAUACCUAGAACAAUCGUCUCAGACAACGGAACUUCAUUUACUUCGCAAGGUUUUAAAGAUUUCUGCUUGCGUAAUAAUAUCAAACAUAUUACGACUCCAGUAGCUCACCCAAGUUCAAAUGGACAAGUGGAGAAAAAUGUAGAUACCUUUAAAAGAGCUAUGAACAAAUUACAGUACAAUAAAGAGCCUAGCUUGUUCACAGACAACUUGAGGACAUAUUUAUUUCGCUAUCGAGCUACACCUCACACUGCAACUGGACAAACACCUGCAUCUUUGUUCUUGGGUCGUAAUCUGCGAACUAAAUUAGAUUUUAUCAAACCUUCACAAGAGAUAAACUCAAGAGAUGAACCUUCUGAAGUGCUGCGAUAUAAGAAAACCAGAGGCUUUUCUAUUGGGAGUAAAGUGUACAUUCGUACUUUUGUUGAAGGGAAAGUAAAAUGGAAAAUAGGAACCAUACUUAGACAGUUAGGUAGGAACACAUGGUUGAUUGAUUCUAAUGGACACACUAAAAGACAUACAAGUCAAAUGCGGAAAUUUUACCAAGACAAUGAAUCGGAAGAGGAAGACGACCCCUGCAUUAAACAAUUACCACAGCUACUGUCUUCUUCAGAUUUCCAAGUACGAAAUGCAGAAGUACAUGUUCGGAAUUCGGAAAACCAUGGAUCACCAGCUGUAUUCCCUAGCCCUUCAACAUUCCCUACAGUAGCUUCACAACAUCCGAAUUCCACUCCUCAGCUACGACCUAGAACAUCCCCUGCAGAAGCUUUACCACACCCGAAUGUACCUCCUCAGCUGCGAAGAUCAACAAGGACCUUCAGGCCACAGAGGAGGUUAAUUGAAGAAGCCUAA